UGCACCCAUAAUGCACUGCAGCUGGAGCAGAACGCAGCACAAAGAGUGAAGACGGCCGCUCAUGCUCUGUUCAGCGCGUGUUCGGUUCAGGAGAUGCUGAGCAGCGCUGCAGGGGUCAGAGGUCAGAGUCUGAUCCUGGAGGCCAGAGGUCAUCACAGCAGAUACAUGGAGGGUCUGCUCACGCUGCAGGACAGUGUCGGUUUUGCGGAGCAGGCGGGCAGCUGGACUCUGUGUAUGAGCGCUGCCGGUCACUUCUGGAACGCCUGUCUGCCUCUGCUGGACUCGAGACGGGACAGAAGACCACUGAGAGGAGCUCUGGAGAUCAUCCUGAAGAACAUCAGCCGGACAUACAGAAAACACACCGCUGGCAAAACUAAAAGAGUGUCUGGACUCAAGCGAGACAGGGCAGUGAUGGGAACACCAGAUACCACAAGGAUGGAGCAGAGGUUUUAUGGUUCUACCCGUCUGGGAGUGUUUAGAUGUGAAGUAGCUUCCGGUGUGUUUCUAGACGACGUCGUGGCUGAUGAUGACCUGAAGCUGUGGGCGGCUGCGGUCAGCGCUCUGCUUCAUAUUCAUGUGGACGCCGGAGACUGGAGAAAGGCCUGCAGCUGCUGGACGAGGGCUCUCGGAGAGACGCCACACACACAACACAGACUGUGA